AUGGCGAAUAAGUACAAGCCUUCCGAACACGGCGGUCGCCGCGAAGACGGACAGCCUGACAAGCGCACGCAACAAACCGAGUUUGCGUAUGACAAAGUUGACCCGACUGAGGCCGGCCAAAAAAGAGGCUCCGUAGGUGGCACGAUUUCUCAGGGCAAGGGAAGCGGUAGCAGCGCCCAAGGAGAAUUUGCUCACGGGAAGGUUGACCCGCGUGAGGCGGGUAGCAAGGGUGGACAUACUCUAGGAGAUGAUUGA